UUCUAACAAGUUCCUAAGCACAUAAUCUUGUCCUCCACCUCCUAUCCUCCAGCCUCUUUCAAAACAAAAGCCAAGAAAAAGAUAAAAAUGAAACUUCUUGUUACAAAGAGCUAUACGAAUGAAAUGAAGUACCAAAACUUGGCCAAAUUUAUGGCAUCUCAGCCCAUGAAGAAAUUCAUUCAACUACUUGUUUCAAUUUCUUUAUUUUCAUUCCUAUUUUCCUACUCCUCAUCCUUCUUUAUCCAAUAUUCAUUAAACUUCUCAUUUUAUGUAUUUCCUUGCCAACUUCUAAGCCAUGAUAUGCACAAAAACUAUGUAUUUCUAAUAUGCAAUGGAAUAUUCUUUGUGCUCCUCAUUAAGAGUACUUCUAGUGAGGAGGAGGAAGAGGAAGAAGAAGAAGAAAAAGCAGAAGAAGACGAAGCGAAAAAUGGAUUCUUGAACGAAUUUCAAGAAACCGAACCUCUAUGUAUUGGUGCUCAAACCUCGUAUUUAGAAACAUCAAAUGAAGAAGUACAUGCACGACAUGAAGAGGUGGAAUUAGUGAGCAUUAAAGUCAGUGAGUGUCAUCGACCGUCUUUAAACGUUGAAAAUUCAAACUUGGCACUUGUGAAAUAUAAGCAAGAUGAGUCGACGUCAAAAGGUCGAAUUUUGGACAAAGAAAAGGAAGAAGGUGGUGUUGGAAGCGAAAAAUGUUCAAGAACCUACGAUAUAGUAGAGGCAGAUAAUUGUGAAGAAAAUGAUGACAUGGAACCUGAAAAUGAUUUUCUAUUGGAAGAAGAAGAAGAAGAAGAAGAAGAAGAAGAAGAAGCGGAAGAAAGUGGUGAGCCAUUGAAUAAGUUGAGUGCUGAGGAAUUGAACAAGAAAUUUGAAGAAUUCAUAAGAAAAAUGAAGGAAGAAAUUAGGAUUGAAGCUAGGCAACAAUUAGUCCUAGUGAAGUAAUUAAUCAAAAUAUUCACCUUAAUUAUGUAAUGUAUAUCGGUUUUAAUGUACAUGUUGAGUUAUUUCUUUUC